GAGGAGGAGGAGGAAGGGAACUCCGUCGUCCUCGGCGCGCGCCCGCCCGCGGUAGGGAAACUGAAGGGCUGGAAGGGAAGCUGCUCCCUGUAGCGUUGUUUUGGGUUCCUUGAGGCAAAAGGGGGAGGGGAGGAAGAAGGCGACAAAAACACUACGCAGUGGGGACUGCGCGGCCUCCGCCACUGCGUGCGUGCGUGCGCUCGCUCGCGCGGGCCCAGUGCUGGCGCGUGAGGCGGAGGCGGGCGGCGGCGGCGCCUGCGCGGUCGGGCUCGGUCGACGGUUCGCAGGGGAGGAGGCGGCGGGAGGCGGAGGAGGCGGCGGCGGCGAUGGAGGUGAAGCGGCUGAAAGUGACCGAGCUGCGGUCUGAGCUGCAGCGGCGGGGCCUGGACUCGCGCGGCCUCAAGAUGGAUCUGGCGCAGCGGCUGCAGGAGGCGCUGGACGCCGAGAUGCUCGAGGACGAGGCUGGCGGUGGCGGCGCCGGGCCCGGCGGGGCCUGCAAGGCGGAGCCUCGGCCUGUGGCCGCGUCGGGCGGCGGCCCGGGCGGAGACGAGGAAGAGGACGAAGAAGAGGAGGAGGAGGACGAGGAGGCGCUGCUUGAGGACGAGGACGAGGAACCACCCCCUGCUCAGGCCUCGGGCCAGGCCGCGCAGCCGCCGCCAGAGCCCCCGGAGGCGGCAGCCAUGGAGGCCGCAGCCGAGCCCCAUGCUUCCGAGAAGCAGGCAGAGGCCACCGCCGGGUCAGGUGGCGUAAAUGGUGGCGAAGAGCAGGGCACCGGCAAAGGAGAGGAAGACGAACCCGAGGAGCGGAGCGGGGAUGAGACCCCAGGAUCCGAGGCUCCGGGUGACAAAGCCGCAGAGGAACAGGGAGAUGAUCAAGAUAGUGAAAAGUCAAAACCAGCAGGCUCAGAUGGUGAGCGGCGGGGGGUAAAGAGACAGCGGGAUGAGAAGGAUGAACAUGGCCGAGCUUACUAUGAAUUCCGAGAGGAGGCUUACCACAGCCGCUCAAAGUCUCCACCACCUCCAGAAGAAGAGGCAAAAGAUGAGGAAGAAGAUCAAACUCUUGUGAACCUGGACACAUAUACCUCGGAUCUCCAUUUUCAAGUAAGCAAAGACCGUUAUGGAGGGCAGCCACUCUUCUCAGAGAAGUUCCCCACCCUUUGGUCUGGGGCAAGGAGUACUUAUGGAGUAACAAAGGGAAAAGUCUGCUUUGAAGCCAAGGUAACCCAGAAUCUCCCAAUGAAAGAAGGCUGCACAGAGGUUUCUCUCCUUCGAGUUGGGUGGUCUGUUGAUUUUUCCCGUCCACAACUCGGUGAGGAUGAAUUCUCUUAUGGUUUUGAUGGACGGGGACUCAAGGCAGAGAAUGGGCAGUUUGAGGAAUUUGGCCAGACUUUUGGGGAGAAUGAUGUCAUUGGCUGCUUUGCUAAUUUUGAAACUGAAGAAGUAGAACUUUCUUUCUCCAAGAAUGGAGAAGACCUAGGUGUGGCAUUCCGGAUCAACAAGGAAUCCCUGGCAGACCGGGCCCUUCUACCCCAUGUCCUCUGCAAAAACUGUGUUGUAGAAUUAAACUUCGGUCAGAAGGAGGAGCCCUUCUUCCCACCACGGGAAGAUUAUGUGUUUAUCCAUGCUGUGCCUGUUGAGGACCGCAUUCGCACUGCAGUCCCUCCCAAGACCAUAGAAGAGUGUGAGGUGAUUCUGAUGGUGGGACUACCUGGAUCUGGAAAGACCCAGUGGGCACUGAAAUACGCAAAAGAAAAUCCUGAGAAAAGAUACAAUGUCCUGGGAGCUGAGACUGUGCUUAAUCAAAUGAGAAUGAAGGGGCUUGAGGAGCCAGAGAUGGACCCUAAAAGCCGAGACCUUUUAGUUCAGCAAGCUUCCCAGUGCCUUAGUAAGCUGGUCCAGAUUGCUUCCCGGACAAAAAGGAACUUUAUUCUUGAUCAGUGUAAUGUAUACAACUCUGGCCAGCGGCGGAAGCUAUUGCUAUUCAAGACCUUCUCCCGGAAAGUGGUGGUGGUUGUCCCUAAUGAAGAAGAUUGGAAGAAGAGGCUGGAAUUGCGCAAGGAAGUGGAGGGAGAUGAUGUGCCUGAGUCUAUAAUGCUAGAGAUGAAAGCCAACUUCUCUCUGCCUGAAAAAUGCGAUUAUAUGGAUGAGGUGACAUAUGGGGAGCUGGAGAAGGAGGAAGCUCAGCCCAUUGUCACCAAAUACAAGGAAGAGGCAAGAAAGCUGCUGCCCCCCUCCGAGAAGCGAACAAACCGCCGAAACAACCGGAACAAGCGUAACCGGCAGAACCGAAGCCGAGGCCAAGGAUAUGUGGGCGGGCAGCGCCGAGGCUACGACAACCGGGCCUACGGGCAGCAGUACUGGGGGCAGUCUGGAAACAGAGGGGGUUACCGUAAUUUCUAUGAUCGAUACAGGGGAGACUAUGAUCGAUUCUAUGGGCGAGAUUAUGAGUACAACAGAUACAGAGACUAUUACAGACAAUACAAUCGGGAUUGGCAGAAUUACUACUACCACCACCCCCAGGACAGAGACCGAUACUACAGGAACUACUACGGUUACCAAGGGUAUCGGUGAAGCCCCUGAUGUUGACGCCUGUCAGCCAUGAAGCUGAAUCUCUAGGGGUGCCAGGCACCCCCCAAAACACAACCAAGGAAAACAGGGGCUGUCGGGGUGGGGCUGAGCUGCCGGGGAGGGGGGGGGGGGGGGGGCGAAAGGGGGGGUGGGGGGGGGGAGGUGGAAACAAACAACAAAACUGUACAUUUUUUUUAAAGUUUGUUGAAAAGAAUAUUGUCUUAUUCUAUAAAACAUUUCAAACCUAGUUAGAUAUUUGUAAUCAAAAACAUUUGCGCAGAAAGCAGCACUUAGAGCUGCCUGUUCUAUACCCUGCAGUUGGACAGGAAAAGAACUAAAAAUGUCACCCUUCUGACAUUCUAAGGCAGCUGGACUGGCAGCCAAGAAAGGGACAGUGGUGUCGUGGUGGGGAGAAGGGGAACAGUGUGAGAGUACCUUCCAUAGCAGGUAGGAGCAGGCAGGAGUGGGCCAGAGGGAGCGCUUGUGACCGGGGCAGUGAAAAUAAACGAUUGGCUCUUAUCAAUCACUUGCACCAACUAACCGUUUGUAUUUUCUUUACCGACCUUUCCCUCUUGGGAUAUCUGGUCUGGUGGGCUGGGAGGCCACAGUAUCCCAGUGUCCACUUUGCUGUGCCUUUGUCCUGCUUGGCUAAGGCACAGAGACUUCUAGUUGGGUGGUUCUAUUAUAUAGGAUUCCCAGGCCAAGGAGGCACGGGAUCUGUUCUAGAUUGCAGAGCAGAAUAGCUUGUUCCCUAUAUGUACCCAUUAAUGAAUUCCCAUAAAGUUUUGGGGAGAGUGGGGUCACAGCCCUCAGCCUGAAGAUUGUGAUUUGCCAGUCUCUAGUCUCUGUCUUCCGAGGUUGAGAGAGGUAGGAGGUCUCUAAAAUCAUCUGUUAUAGUGUCUGCCUCUUAUAGUGUGAGAGAAGGAACGUUUCUCAGGGUUUCAGCUCACAGUAAUGCAGGAGGAUUCUGUUCACUGCAGCAGGAUAUGUAUAUAGGUGAAUCCUGUGGUGUGGGCUCCCAGGCCCAGGUGCUGAGAAUAGCAACUAUUUUAUACAGUAUGGGGGGGGCUCUGCCCUGCUGGUCUUUUUGAUACACAGGUAGAGAAUGAAUAGAAAAGGGGGGUGGGGGGUGGGAGGCAGCUCAGUGGGGCUGCUGAAACUUGGGCAGAGUGAGUGUGAAUGUGUGUGCACAUGUGUGUGUGAAAGGGAGCACCCUACUCAACUUCCUGAAACAGGAUUCUUUCUGGGGUAGCUUUCCCUGUGUGUCCCCAGACAGGCCUCUAGCCAGGAGACUUCAGUUGGGAUCAUUUAGUUUAACUUUACCAACACCUUCCCACUUCUUGACAAAAUAGCUGCAGGUUGCUGGGUUCAAGAAUAUGGGUGGGAUAUGGAAAUGCUCUUUCAAUUCAGCUUCAGUUUUAAUUCAUCUUCCUGCUCAGCAUUGUGUCAGCCAAGAGCUUACUCAGCAAACACCAUGUAUUGCAGCACUCCCUAGUGAGAAAACCCCGGGUUGUGCUACUAGAAAAUGCUUCACUUCCAUUUCCUUACCUGGCAGUUCUCUUGUUUAAACUUUUGUGCUGAGAUUUGAUCUCUCUUCUCCCACUGUCCCUGCCAGGCAGAGCCCUUCUCUAGGUGUGCAGACCCUCAUUCUGGCCUUCUAAUCCUCCCUGUCUGUCCCGACACAUCCUUCUGCUUAAGCACCUCUGUACCCGAGACUGGAACAGGGGUCUGGUAGGAAAUAAGUUUGCUUGCUCAUAAUGAUGUCUUUUCUCUUGGCACCUGCUUCCUUGAGGUGCCAUCAAAUGGAUUUGUAUGUGGCGGUGGGUGAAGUGAUUGCAUGAACUUUUCUAUAACCCACUUUUUAUUAUUAAGGACUUUUAAGAAAGCUUUGCUCAUAGUAUCGGGCAAGGAGGUAAAAACUGGAGCCCAAAGAAAUUCCCUUAGGGCAAGAUUAUGUUAAAGUAGAAAACUGAAUUUCCUGAGAUAGAGGCUGCCCCUCACCCCCUUAAGUACUCAGUCCUCCAGCAUAUAGUAUUUUCUUACAGUUGGUGACAUGGAUGGUGGUCCUCAGGAACAGGGGAACAAAGCUUAAACCAUUCUGAGGGUUUUGUUCUGGGUGGUGACAAGGGAAGUACUUGCCAUUGAUUUUUGACACUAGAAAGUCAUCUUUUUAAAAAAAGCUGUUUUUCUAGGUGGGUAGAGAAUGAAACUGCCACAUCCUUGUUGGAUCAGUCUAAGAGAUCACUCAAGCAGUGGAUGUCUGGAUUUUGUUUCUGUCUGUCUAUUAUGAAAAAACAAAUGUUAAAGGGGGGGAAAUGUGGAUUAUGGUAACAGGAGGGAUCCCUAGCCUUGUUUUCCUUAGAAGACUUUUUAGUGUUUUAUCAGAUGUUUGUUGUAGUUGUAGAUGGAAAAACUUGUGAGAAAAACAAAACACCACAUGGAGCCUGUAAAUGUUUUUGCACAACCUGUAAAGCAUUCUUGGAAGUGGCCAGUAAAAAAGGGUUUUACCAUUUAAAAAAAAAAAAAAAUGUAACUGUGUCAUUGUUUACAUCUGUAACUUUUUCCUCCCCUGUUCUCAUUACAACAUUCUGGCAAAAAUGUAGGCACAGUAGCUUCCAGUUUUAGAAUAAAUAACCAUUUGGAUUGAA